AACAUCAAUUUUGUAAGGAUUUGGUAUAAAAGAAUAUUGAAUUGUUUUUUGCGGGAAAGACGUGAACUACCAAGGAAAAGAAAUGUUCCUAUCUAGAGUAACGUCGUGGUUUAUGCCCUCCCCUUUGCUCCGAAACAAAUGUAUAUACACAUAUGUACAUACGUAUGUGUGGUGUGAAACAUCUGUGCGUGCGGCAAGCAUCAACCGCUGUUAGCCGCUGUAUGCUGUAUUACACAGACUGUAUACAUGAGAGUGCAUGCGUGGGUGUCGCAGCAGGCGUUUCUUUACGAACAGAGAAAUGGUGCUCCCGCCUCGAGUGGUUCGGUGAAUUGGUGAAUGUGAACUUUGCAAGAAUGGUUAACCUACGUCGGAAUAGACUUCAAGAAAGAGUUAGUGUUACUGAAUGCGACAUGAGAAGCGUAUCUCUAUCGCUCGUCGGAAUUGAACAUACGACUUGAAUACACGCACGCCAGACAUCGAGGCAAGUAGUAGGGGUAACAAAAACACCUGUAUACUAAAUAUAUAGCUAGACGAGAGGCCAGCAUAGGAACAAGAGGCAGUCGCGGCUAGAUAACUGUGGAAACCACGAUGGAGGGUAUAUCUUCACCACCGGAAGCAUCGUGCUACGCCGUAUGACCACCGAGGAUCUGUGAAAAUCUCUCUGUCGUGUGUCAUCAGUUUUGCGCUUUUUCCAAUUACGGCUAGAGAGUUUAAUACACGCAAAGAUUGUGCAUCAACCAGUUAGUCCGAUCGUUCAUCCGUUUGCUUGGUCGUCUACCCCUUCUAAAACGUCCUGACACAACGUUUAACGGGGGUAUAAAAAGAACAAACAUGGUGGCGGCGUGAGAGAGACAGAUAGGGGGAGCAGGCGGUGAAACCAGGAGGGAAAAAGAGGAAGGUAAAGAGAGAGAGUGUGUGUGAGAGAGAAAGAGAGAAGUCAGCCAGCCAGCUAAGCCAGCCGAGCCAGUCAGUGUGCCAGAAGCGACGAACUUCGUUUUGCGUUGCCUUUGUUUCUCAAUGAAAAAGGAAAGGACCCGUCGCUCCUGAACCAUCCAUCCAUUUUUUGCAUUUAUUCGUUGUUACGAGAGAAAUGAAUUCUGGCGAGAGCAGCUAGUUUUCACAAUUAAUGCCGAGGGAACGUUUCGGUUGUAAACAGUUAUUAAGGUGCGGCCAGGUUCAUCGUGUCCGCGGUGUUUGCUUCGAUUUUCAUGCGUACGGGGUCCACGACCGAGCGUGUGAGAAAUUCUGUGGUUCGAUUUCAACCGCCUGCAUCUCCUUCGGUAUGACACGAUAUGUCGCUAUCGGAGAAUUCUGCAUGACUCGAUGCCGCUGACGGUGACAGUUUGUUAAAUCCUCGGACGAGAGAACUUUGUUUUCAAAUCGGUAUAAUGUGAACGACAUUGGUGAGAGAAUAGACGGGAACACGCUGCCAAUGUGAUUCUCGGUGCAUAGAUUAUGUUCAUUCACCUUUAAUUAGACGAAUAACUGAGAAACCGCGUUUACUUUAUUAAAUAAAAAUUCUUCAUGCAAACGAAUUUGGUGCUAUAACUGGUGCAACGGGCAUAGAAUAAUGAUUUUCCACCGAGCAUCGGUGAGCGUUUGAAGAUUGAUAAAUUCGAAACUCAUCACCUUCGAAUAUUUCUAUUUCGAAUCGAAUGGUAUGAUUUUUUUCAACGAUGAUCAUUAUACUUCAAGAAAGGUGAACUCCGUCGAUUGUGAACAUCUAUCGAACCGACAACAGCGUUGUUACUUUGACAAAAGCUCGUUUAUUCUGUUAAAAGUUUGUUGGUGUUUGGAGAAUAGGAAAAAGGUUCAAUGGAACAAAGUCGUCCGAGUUGGCCGGCCCGGUGCCAAUAACCUCCAGUUAGAGAGGUGGUAGACAGUUUUCGCACGAUGCGUUUGCCCUCGUGCGCGAUAGAUUACAAAAUUAGACGUUUGAAACUUUGUACAAAGGAAAAAGGAGUAUCGCGUGCAGUAAAGAAGGUAGAGACACUAGUUGGUGGUAAUGAGCAAAGGGUCAAACGGCGAAGGGACUUAAUCGGAUGAAUAAUUUCGAGGGGGGUAGACAGCCGAGUGUAGUCGGAAGUGACGUCACCCGCGGGUUUAUAGUUCCUCUUACUUUCCUCGUUCGUAGCGAUAUACCACAGGCGGUGGUAUAACGACGAAAAGCAACAGAGAAUCGGAUGAAAAGGAAGGCAGAAACACCCGACGACCACAGUCUUCGAUAAACGAAUCGUCGUUCGUACUCUCGCUACAGGGAAAAAUAAAGAAAGAAUCAUCACAACUUCUAGUCUGCUGCAUUUCCACAAGGCGCCUCUUUUUUUUUCUUUUCUCGGCCGAACAUUUUUAGAUGAUCGAUCGUAUUUCAAGCUGCACGUGCGACCGCCUCGCCGCCAUCAGGGAUCGAAAUGCGUUCGGUGCGCUUCGAUCGAUGCAGAUUUAUCGUGCGCGCAUCAUCGGCUGCUCGUUCUGUUCCGUCUUACGCGACUCAAUAAUUUCAAGGUUCAUUAAAUAGUCGCCAACAAAGAGAGAAGGGAAGAGAAGAAAAGAAUUUCGCUCAUAUCAUUUCAGGCACAGAGACGAGAACGAGACUAAAGUUAAAGUCCGCAUUAAUUUAUUCGAGAUGAACAAGUGCGUAAAAGAUGGUCGUCAGAUCGACCAAAUUUACUCCUAUUAUACACGUAUACACAUGUACAAUAAGCUGACUGUGAAUUCUGGAACAAAAAGAUUGCGAAGGAAAUUUUAAUAACGCCGGGAAUAACGAUAGCAUCUUAACUAGCGUCUCAACGAACCAACAUGUUUUUUAUCCAAACGACAAUACAUUGUGACAUGUUAGAACGAACAUUGGUAAUCGAGAGUGCAAAAGGAAAGAGACAUUGAGAUAGUGUGUUUGCGAUUGAUGUAAUAGUGCGAGUAAUCAUUCAGUGGUUACUCGGUCACUUCGAUGAAUCGAGUAGUUGGUUCGCCAAGGAAGAAACACAUGCGUUUAGAUCGCCGUCAAAUGGACACAAAUGACUAGCUUAACUAUAUCAGCGAGCUCGUUCGAAAUGCCCCGGUCUAAACCGAAACCGUUCGUACCUGCGAACGCGAUCUCGACCCAAACGUACAGCACCCCGACGAACGAGAACAAUCAUCUGCCACCCUUGAAGGGUAGCACGUUGGUCCUGAAGCAGUCCGCCAGCGAGUCGUCACCUAGUUACUUGACCCGAACCAGUCACAUGGCAGGUACUCAUCUGCCGAGCUUAAGUUCCAGCGCCAACAACAGCCUGCUCAGUCUGACCGGGAACUCGGAUAGCUUGAACUUGAGCCUUAGCUCGCACACGAGCCACAACUCGAGUCACAAUUCGAGUCACAAUUCGAGUCAUAAUUCGAGUCACAAUUCAAGUCAUAAUUCGAGCCACAAUUCGAGUCACAAUUCAAGUCACAACAAUUCCAGUCAGAAUUUCACUCACAACUCCAGUCAUAAUUACAGUCACAGCACUAGCAGUCACACCGAGUCUCAGCAUUCGCAAUCGAACGGUCAGUCGAGUAACGCGUUGGUGAAGAAUGGAUGCUCGAAGGAGUGGAUGUUAGGAAGUUCCUGUGGCAGCAGCGUACGCAAGCCUAAGACCAUCACCGCGACGCCAGACGUCGUACUGAAGAUUUACGUGGAUAAAUUGACUCCGUACGAGCACCACGAGAUCUUCAAUUAUCGACACAUAUAUUUUAUCGGGGCGAACGCAAAAAAGAGGCCGGGUAUAAUCGGUCGACCUCACAACAACGGCUACGACAACAUUUAUGGUUCCUACAUCCACGUAACGCACGAUCACGUGGCCUACAGGUACGAAGUGCUGAAAGUAAUUGGGAAAGGAUCGUUCGGACAGGUGGUGAAGGCGUACGAUCACAAGAAACAGGAGCAUGUCGCUUUGAAGAUGGUCAGAAACGAGAAAAGGUUUCACCGUCAAGCCCAGGAAGAGGUGAAGAUAUUGAGGAAGCUACGGGAACAGGAUAAGGACAAUACAAUGAACAUCAUACACAUGUUCGAUUCGUUCACGUUCCGCAAUCACAUGUGCAUUACCUUCGAAUUACUCAGUAUUAACUUGUACGAGCUGAUCAAGAAGAACAAGUUCCAAGGCUUCAGCAUGCAGCUAGUGAAGAAGUUCGCGCACUCGCUGCUACAGUGUCUCGACGCUCUCUAUAAGAACAGGAUCAUCCAUUGCGACAUGAAGCCUGAGAAUAUUCUUUUGAAGCAGCAAGGACACAGCGGUAUCAAAGUGAUAGACUUUGGUUCUAGCUGCUACGAGAACCAGCGCGUCUAUACGUACAUUCAAAGUCGAUUCUACCGCGCACCGGAGGUGAUCCUGGGCGCUAAGUACGGGAUGCCGAUCGACAUGUGGAGCCUCGGCUGCAUCCUGGUGGAACUGGUUACCGGUUUCCCACUGCUACCGGGCGAAGACGAGUCGGACCAGCUGGCCUGUAUCAUCGAGCUGCUAGGCAUGCCGCCGCCUCAGCUGUUAGAAUCCGCGAAACGGCGUAGGCAGUUCAUCAGCUCGAAGGGUUAUCCGCGCUAUUGUACCGUUAUAACGAUGUCCGAUGGUUCGAUCGUGUUGAACGGCGGUUUCUCCAGGAAAGGCAAGGACCGUGGCCCGCCAGGUUCCCGGGAUCUCAGGCAAGUUUUGAAGGACUGCGAUGAUCCAUAUUUCUUGGAUUUCAUUCAUCGUUGCCUGAAGUGGGACCCGGAGGAACGAUUGACGCCCAAUAAAGCGUUGAAACACGUAUGGCUGCGUCGCAGACUGCCGGAGCUUCCAGAGAAAACGAACGAGGCCUUACCGGCGUUGCCAGUAGCCGCCGCGCCUCCCACCUCCGCGUCCGGCCUCCGUACUUCCGCGUCCGGUAGUAAAAGUGCCACCAAAUCGAACAGCCUGCAGAGCAAUAACGCUGAGAAUAAUACGAAUAAGCUGAAGCAAUUGAGCGACAUCUUCCACACCAUGUCUACAUUGUCUACAUUGUCCACCAUUCAUUCGGCGCUGCAACGCAACGACGGAGGAAGAGGCAGGGGAAGAAGAAGAGGCCAGUCGGUGACGGAUCUUCAACCAACCGUCAGCAGUCAUCCCUCGUUGAACUCCAUUAGUGGUGAUGUUAGUAAUAGUGGUGGUGGUGGUAGUGGUGGUUGUGAUGGUAGUAGCAGUAAUGCCAGCGGUGGUCAACAACAGCAGCAACAACCGUUACAGCAACAGCAACAGCCUCAGUCCCAGCCGCAGCCGCAACAGCAUAGUCAUCAGUUGCAGUUGAAACAGCCACAACAACAGCAACCGCCGCAGCAGCAACAACAACAUAGCAAUGGUUCACAUGGAUCCCAUGGAUCGUCGCAAAGCUCUCACGGGUCUCAUGGAUCGCAUGUACUUAACGACGGAUGGAAGAUAUUCCACGAGUGGCUCGAAAUGGUGAACAAUGAUUAGCAAGGUCGUUGUCGAGGAACAGAGACGACUCGUCGAAACACGAAGUCACCCUUUUUCCUCUUAUCCGACGCGUUCAUUAUGAUGAUUUUGCGGUUCACCAUAUCGUAUGGUUUCGUGUCUCCCUGAUCGGCUAUCUCGAUGAUCAGUUUCGUCACUCGCUACCCGUGGUCGAACUGCAUCGAGAUGCUAUCACAUAGUCGGUGUUUCUGCUCGUGGUAACACAAAGGAGCCAGGGUGGCCUCGUCUUUGACCUCCGGAUACAGCUGUGAUCUACGCGAUAUGUUACUAAAGAAAAGAAACCACUGAGGGGGUGAAGGGACUGAGAAAUCGAUCGCGAUACCUCGAAUCAUGUACCUCACCUAGUUUGGCGAUGCUGCCUCGCGUUGCUCUUCGAUUUGUUUGUUCAGGAUCCAUUUCUCGUCGCCGAUCGCUCGAGGAAAGGGGAGGUGUACGGUCUAGCUGCGCUUAAUCGAGGACGAUUGCUUUUAGUGUUCACUUUUGUGGUCGAUUGCUCGAUACGAUUUGCUAGGAUGCCCUCAGCUUAUAUAUACAAUGUUACAUGCAUCUGUUUUGUAUCAGAGUGAUGCACGUGUGCGUCCUGUUGUCGUGAAGAGGGGUACGACUACGAGGUUAUUGUGCCAAGGGAAGCGGGAGAACUGAAGAUUUGCGCCACGUCGAUGACUCGAUUUCUUCGCAGGUAAGAAGUAGAUAGUCAAAGGUGUGUUGACGGGCGACCGCUUUGUGGGUAUAAGAAGGAAUUUGCUCAAUGCAACUCGUAGAUACGCAGACAUUAUCGUGACAGCGCGAUACGAGGAGCCCUUUCACAUCCGCUAAAAAUCUAAUCAUUAAAGAGCAUGUACCUCAACGAUGAAUAGAAUCACGCCGAGGUGCUUUUUAGGUCGGAGGAACUCUCCGUAAGAAUAUCACUAUCGAGCAGAACGUUAGAUUGAUUUCCAACAGGACGGUAUUUGUAUUUAUUGUUGAUUAACAUAGGUCAGGCUUGUCUGUCGAUUCGUACGAAAUCAUCAAUCAAACAGGAGCUGAAGUCAGUUUCUACGAGAAGAACUUUGAUUUAUUUUUCUUUCCAUUGAAAUAAAAAAGAUUGCAUGGGAACAAAAUAUUAGUCAAACUUUAGAGACACGCGCCGCGCGUACUAACAAUUCAUACAGUCUGUACCUUGACGAUAACGUAUUUUAGAAUCGGCUAAAGAAUGUGGGCCCGGAUCCGUCCGCGACUUUUAUUUCCUUCAUUUCCAAAUUUAAUCACGUAAACUUUUGUUGGACCCGAUUUUUAUUUAAUAUUUAAUGAAUCUGAAAGACUGAACGAUUGCUAAUUUCCAAUCAGUAUAUCGGUCAUUAUCUUAACUCGUGGUGACGACUCGACGAGGCUGUCUUCCAUUUUAUCUUAUUGCAUUGUUUAUUUAUCUUGUCAUUUAUCUCAGCAUUUAAAAGUUCAAUUCUCAGCGUGGAUUGCAAGAUAUGAAAUAAUAUCGCAAUACAUUAGCGCUCGAUGCAUUUCAUUCGCGACAGUAUAAUCCGUACGAUGCAUUUAUAUUAUAAAUCGAAUCGCAUAAAAUUAGAUUCAAAUUCAAAGUUAUUGUUAUUUCUACUCAAUCAAAAUUCACUUUGCAAUCGAAUAUCCGAAAGAUCGCGCGAUUUAUUUCGCGUUUAUCGCUUUAAUAGAGAUUAUCGGGAAUCGAAGACGGAAGGAAUGGGGACAAAGAUAAAUAUCGACGUGCACGAAUCUCUCUAAUGAGGGUGUAAUCCGCUCGCGACCCUGGCACAAGCGAAUCCAUGCUAAUUUUAAUUUAGACGGAACGGAUUAAAGUAACACAGAGAAGUACUACGUACUUCCUCACAUCGAUGGAAAAGUCGCAUGAUGGUGUAUAGGAAUGUAUGCGAGAUGUGCAUGAGCGAUGAUUAAAGAGAAUAGAGAGAGAACGAUGGCAUGGCGCGCGACGUUAAGACGUAUUGAUUACAAAAGGGGAGAAUGAAUAAAGGAAGGCGAUAAAAUAGCCGAUGACGAAACACGACGACCUAUGAAAAGUAGAGUCAUACAGUCAAGUUUAAUAAGAAACGAAGAGGGAAUAAGACAUGGACGUUUUAUUAAAUCGUGAUACUGAAGAGGAUAUCUUGUGAUAUGGAACUUAGUUGUUCAUGGGGUUCAAACAUUAAUGAACAUAGAUGAAUAUAUAUAUAGAUAUAUAUGAAGUGCGUAUAUAUAUUAUAUUACGUUGUAACGCUAAUUACGAAAGGAGAAAAAGAAAACAACGCUAUGAUUAUUAAAAGAGAAACACACAUGUAGUCAGAAGUAGCAAGCUAAAUAAGAUUCGUUACAAGGAGUGAGACUGAGAACCGAACGACGGUCUCGUGAAACGUUGCACGAUAUGUAUCUAAUAGUAUAUUUUCCUUUUUUGUCUUUUUUAUUUUUAACUUCUUUUGUGAUUAUCGUACGUAUUCUCUUUUCUUUUUUAUACUCCUUUUAGUAGUACACGCACCGUAAUCGCGAACUGUUCUCGAUUCAUUUUACAAGAGGACAAGCAUCGGUUCUCUCCUGUUUGAUAAUGCGUAAGGAUCCAUCCAUUCGUUGAUCUAACAACACGAAGGGAAACAGAAGCAUCGCCGAUUGAUGUCUUGUAGUUAGAAUCGGACAAAUUUUAAUUUCACCCGAAUUUCAGCGUUAGCAACGUUCCGCGCGGUCGUGAUCCAAGAAUUGAUCGCUAAUACCAUUGCCAAUACCACUUCCUACAUAAGUUCGGGUUGUCGUUUUCUCGUAGAUACAACAAAAAAGCGACAACAAUGCAUAUAUUAUUUACAAUCGCAGUCUCCCUCGGUGAAAAUUUCAAUAACGACCUCGUACGUUGUCUUAAUCAUCGCCAUUAUCACACAUUCGUAUGAGAAAUUAUUAUAACAACACGUUGAACGUGACUAGAGCGUGUGCAUGUUACAAAUAAUAGUAAGCCCUUCUUUCUGAAAAGAAAAGAAAUGAAAAGCCAGAGGCACAGGUGUAACGCUUUACCAAUUAUUUCGUUUUUUUUCUUUUUUUUUGUUUUAAAUAUUAACGUACGUACAUUAUCCCAGUGUUUAUGUUCGAUUUGAUUUAAUCGAUCAUUCAUCGUGUUUUGCUGUGAUUAAAAAUCUAUGUUUGUUGUCUGUGCAAACUUCAGCUCAAAAUAAGCGUGUGUAUAUCUUGUUGACUGAUCUCGAAGAAUAUAGCGCAGAAAUUUUGUUCAAGAUCGUUCUCCAUUUUUUCGGAAAGAGGGAUACAUCUGUAUAAAUAAAUGAUUAGCUCUCUCUACGCUGUCGAGUUCUCCUCUUACUUCUUUUUUUUGUAUCGCUUUUUACUAUUCAUAUAACGCGUCCCGGCGCUAAUGAAGUUCAAGCGAUAGUUUUAAGUUUAUAGCGUACACGAGAAGGAUAUAAAACGCAUACGGUUCAAAGGCCGAGACUAUAGCUCAAGACAAACGAGGGUAUGUUACAAUUGUUUAAGAAGUGCGUUUGAAGAUUUUUCUUCUUAGGAGAUUUCAUUGCUUAUCACUACUUCGAUAUGUUCGUCUUACAUUUUCUUUCACGUCUCUUGGCAAUAUAUAAUUACUUUGAGAUUGUUAUAAAUUGAUUUACUUUUCGACACGCUAAAAAAUCGAGGCUCGAAGUCGGUACAUCUGAUCUAUAAGCUCUGCACGAGUCAUUCGGCUGGUGAAUUGAUACCCGACUUGACAUCAAAGCUGACCAUUAAAAAUAGAACACCACCGUGAAUUUUUACGGACAUUAGCUUGGCGGAAAUACAUAUUAAAGCCUAACAACCGGCUACCGGCUCCCUGUACUUGUGUAUCGUCCCCGGAUGUGCCCUCUUCGGUUCAUAUAUGAACACGGAAAAUGUAGGGCGCUCGACGUUUCGACGACAAACGACAAAAGACCUGAGAGACCAGAGGGAACGGUUCGAUCGAUCGAAAAAAAGGAGCAAGGGAUUACUGGUCGGUGGACUUUUGCAUUUUCAGCCACAGCCUUUUCCACCCUCGUCUAGUCACCGGUUCAAAAUGACUCGCGCGGGGCGAACCAAGUAGAGCGGAGAUGUAAUGUUGAAACUACUACGGAAAAACGGCCAAGAACUGUAGUGCUCUUUUGGCGUUUUAAAACAACGACGUGGUCGCUGGACCGAGUACUUUCCGAUUUUCUUUGUAGAGCAACGAAACGAGAUACGGAAUUAAUCGUAUUCGAACGACCAUCGCAUUUGAUCAACCAAUUAAUUACCUCCGUUAAAAGUGUUAUGAACAAUGCGUUAUCUGAUUUGAUGGCAUAUUUUAAACGUUGUUGUUACGCGUUCGUGUCACGGUGCGUAUAUAAUACGUGUAUCAGGCUGGAUACUAUUUGCAUAUAUAUUAUAUACACACAUGCAAUGUGUGUUGUACGUCCCAGUGUACUGCGUCAUGGUAUAUGUAUUUUAACAUGGGUAUUGGACGCUCGAAGCAAGUCGUUUGAUCGAGAAAACGCGGUCGGAUCAACGACGUUGUUCUACCCUUGUCGGUUGAUUGUGUUAUCGCGUUGAGAUAGAUGAUUCCUAGUCUUGUGUCUGAUUUUUAUCUUUAGAUUGUUCAAAAACAAUUGCGAGUACUUCAUAAAUCAUUAUGGUUUAUUAAUGAUGAGAGAGACUAUAAAAAGCAAUAGAAGAGUUCGAAUAUAUUGCAAUCAUAUCUUGAUGUUUGUAUACUGUGCUGUUCAAAUUGAACAAAAAUGAAAAUUGAAAAGAAAGAGAAGAGAGGAAGCACAUAUUAGAAAGAAUUUUAAUAGCGACGGACCUUAGAACAAGAAAAAUUAGUAUUAUAAAAUCAUUUUCAACCUUAGUUUUUCUUGCGUCAUCUGGCUAGGUAAGUUUAAAUUGUGUAGACUAUAUAAGUCAUGAGAGUUACGAAGGGCACGAUAAUAAGGGUAUUCGCGAAUUUAUCGAAUUGAUCAGCUACUACAUGGUGUGUUCCAAGUUCGUUGAACGCAACCGCCUCGUUCCGUGACCUUCCCUCUUACCCAUCAUGCCAUCUCGGUGAAUCUCAUCACUCACUUCUCUUUCUCCCUUUCGCUUGUUCCAGUUGUGAUCGUUCGACAAAUGAAACGGGGUUGGAACUCCGGUCCGUUCUAUCCCGCUUCUAAAAUUUGUAUAUACGUCUCCGCUCUUGAAAUCGUUUAAUUGUGCUCUUCAUGGAUCGAACUUGACCCUCGAUAGCGUGCCGCGAAACAACGAUCGUUGCGAUUGAAUUUUGUUUGGUUUUGACGCGGAACACACCCGACAUAUGAGGGCUCGAACGAACAAAAGUAAUAAUGAAGUAAAAUAUUAAACUACUAGUGGUAAACGAUUUAAGCCGUAAUAGUAGGUAAAGGAUGGGAGUCUAAUGUUAAUCGGAUCGAAGUUAAACGAAUAAAACGGAAUAAGUAAGGAGAACGAUGAAACGAAGUAACUGAACAAAAGAUACUGAAAACAUGCGAAGAAUAAUAAUUUCUGGUAGAUUACGAAUGGUUCCCAUAAUCUAUCCGUUUCUUAUAUAAUUUGAUUUGUUGUGUAUUUAUUUCUCGAACGAUACGUUUCGAUAUGUAUCUAUUUUAACCGGUGUCUCCCUUACGAAAGGAACGACCAGUUGAUCGUGAGCCGCGGCGUAUCACGACUUUUAUUUCACGUUCAACGAAGCGUGCAUUUUUAUCCGCUGUGAAACGCUCUACCUUCGCCGUCAUUGUGUAUUUUAUUGGCCGAACGAGUGCGCGUAGAAAUCACUUGGAUUCACCAAAAGAUUUAUAUAGAAAUUCGAGGUUCGAUGUAGAAAAUCAAAAUCGGGUCAUUGAUUUUUAUCUUUACGCGAAUAAAAUCAGUCGCUAUAUCCACUCCGUUCUUCUUUAAAUAAAAGCAGCUACAUAUGAUAAUGUGUUAAUCAAUGUGCAAAACGAUUAUGUCAUGGCUCGAUAAAAUAUAUAAUAAAAGCGUAGGUAAGAUUGGAAUACGAUGUUACUGCGUCCGAAAAGGGAAACUGUUCUACUGAGGGAUUCAUAAGGCAAAUCCUCGUCAGUUUUAUUUUAUCUAAAGUUCGAAGAAGUACUUCUCUGCAAUAUCUGUUUUGCAGACUUAAUCUUGUCACCAAGAAGAGAUACUAAUAAGUACAGUAUUAAUUAAAUCGUAAAAGUUUCUUUUGACGAGUGUUAUUUCUUUAUGAAUUCCACAAUGAAAAACAAAUGGAAAACGAUCUAAAUAAAGCAUGCUGCCGUUAGAACGCUGGAGGGUGCUCACGUUGUCUGUAUGAAUGAAAAAAAAUAAUAAAAAAUACUGUACAAAUCAUGUAUACGCUCACAAACAUAGACAUACACAUAAAUCCCUGGGUUAAAUGAUGUUCAUUUGGCACACGCCCGUUUCUGCACAUGCUCGUCGUUCUUCUACUCACGGACCGUUUUCCGAAAGUGGUCCUCGUUGGUUCCACGGUAAUAUUUAUUUCUUAUUAUCGUCCUUAAUCGACCCGCUACCCGCUUAAGGCCUUUUAUAUAUUUUUUAAUUCGCCGCGAAGCGAGUUCCGUUCGACCGCUCGCCGCUGCAACAAAUUAAUUACACAACAAGGUAACAAGUAAAGGAACAUGUGCGUGCGUUACAAAGGGUAACAAGUAAAGGAACGCGUGCGUGAACGAGAGUGAGUGUAUGCGCGAGAGGAACGAGAAGAAGAGUAUGUAAUAAUGUCGUUUCACGUGUAAAGAUAAUUUGUAUAGUAUUUUCAUCAUUCGUUCGCACCCUAAUUUUAAUUGAACUCGGACUUUUAACGAUCGUCUUGUAUCCUGAUUGUGUUCCUCGAUUUGUAUGGAUAUACAUGUAUAAAAAAAAAAGAAGAUAAAAGAAGUGAUGUAGGAAACGAGUUGCCCCCGAAGAAGAAGGAUGGACGGUUUUAUAAAAAAUGAAGAGUAGUCAACUUUAGUACCUUUAUAGAUACAACAUGCUCUCUUCUUUUCUUUGUUAAAUGAACGAUCGUCGCUCGCGAAUUGGUUGCAGCGGCAGCUUGAAAUCGUCCUCAUCGUCGUCGAAGUUGUUGCACGCUAUUUUCGCAUCCUGGUCUGAGAGAGUGUGCGUCUCGAUAUAUCAUUUUCACUUGUUAAUACUCUCUCAUUUUAGCGUAUCGAUUAACGUGGUUAAGUUCCGUAGGAUAAAAUGCGAUUUCUUAUGCGGCAAUGCAAACCUUUGAUCUCUAACACGCGCGCAUACGAUACUACACUUAUAGUAUAAUGAAUCUAACGCGCGCGAACAAUACGUGUAGGUAAUGUGCGUAAAAAUUAGUAAACGAAAAUGCGAAGAAUCAUUGCUCGUCGUUGCGUCCAGCAUCCCCUGCCGGUUUUCGCUCCUUUAUGCUCGCCGAAUUCCUCGAGCACAGAAGAGAUCGAGUAGCCGGGUUAUUUUACAUCCUCUGACAUAGGGAAAACCGUGGCUUAUUCAUCUACAUAUAUACAUAUACGUAUUUGAGAUACGUACGUACAUAUAUAUAUGUUAAGUGAAGUGUAUGUGGAUUCGAUUCGAGCGUUUUCGGUGAGUCGACGUGUAAGUGGUACAUACACGUAUAAAGAAUAUGACGGACACGCGUAUAUAGUUAUUAUUAACGAAUUGUCGUGGUCACGUAGCGUCGGAAAACCCCUGGAAACCUCCGAUACGCAAACGUGAAUUGUAAUGCGUUCUCGACAACGCGAAACUGAUUUUUUAAAGAACUACUCUGAUUAAUAAGAAACGAAAUAAACGCUGCUUAAAACAGUUA